GGCUGACCCCUGAGCCCCCUGAGCUGCGGGGAUGGGGCCGGCUGAGGCCGCCGCCAUGAUCCCGGGCCUGGCCCUGCUCUGGGCAGCGGGGCUGGGGGGCACCGCCCCCAACUCCCCGCGCCUUCGGCUCUCCUUCCGAGAGCUCCAGGCCUGGCACGGGCUCCGGACCUUCCGGCUGGAGCGGGCCUGCUGCUAUGAAGCGCUGCUGGUGGACGAAGAGCAUGGGCGCCUGUUCGUGGGCGCGGAGAACCAUGUGGCCUCCCUCAGCCUGGACAACAUCAGCAAGCGGGCCAAGAAGCUGGCCUGGCCCGCCCCUGUGGAAUGGAGAGAGGAGUGCAAUUGGGCAGGGAAGGACAUCGGGACCGAGUGCAUGAACUUCGUGAAGCUGCUGCACGUCUACAACCACACUCACUUGCUGGCCUGCGGCACGGGGGCCUUCCACCCAACCUGUGCGUUCGUGGAGGUGGGCCACCGGCUGGAGGAGCCCCUGCUCCGGCUGGACCUGCAGAGGCUGGAGGAUGGUAAGGGGCGGAGUCCUUACGACCCCAAGCACCGGGCUGCCUCAGUGCUGGUGGGGGAGGAGCUAUACUCAGGAGUGGCCGCAGACCUCAUGGGCCGGGACUUCACCAUCUUUCGCAGCCUGGGCCAGCGUCCAAGUCUCCGGACAGAGCCACACGAUUCCCGCUGGCUCAAUGAGCCCAAGUUUGUCAAGGUCUUUUGGAUCCCGGAGAGCGAGAACCCAGACGAUGACAAAAUCUACUUCUUCUUCCGUGAAACGGCGGUAGAGGCAGCGCCGGCACUGGGACGCCUGUCAGUGUCCCGCGUCGGCCAGAUCUGCCGGAACGACGUGGGCGGCCAGCGCAGCCUGGUCAACAAGUGGACGACGUUUUUGAAGGCGCGGCUGGUGUGCUCGGUACCCGGCGUGGAGGGCGACACCCACUUCGACCAGCUCCAGGACGUGUUCCUGCUGUCCUCGCGGGACCGCCGCGCCCCCCUGCUCUACACCGUCUUCUCCACUUCCAGCGGCAUCUUCCAGGGCUCCGCCGUGUGCGUGUACAGCAUGAACGACGUGCGCCGGGCCUUCCUGGGACCUUUUGCACACAAGGAGGGGCCCACGCACCAGUGGGUGUCUUACCAGGGUCGCGUCCCCUACCCCCGGCCAGGCAUGUGCCCCAGCAAGACUUUCGGCACCUUCAGCUCCACCAAGGACUUCCCGGAUGAUGUCAUCCAGUUUGCCCGGAGUCACCCCCUCAUGUAUAACUCCGUCCUGCCCGUGGGGGGACGCCCUCUCUUCCUGCAAGUGGGUGCUGGGUAUACCUUCUCUCAGAUCGUGGCCGACCGCGUCGCAGCUGCCGACGGACACUAUGACGUCCUCUUCAUCGGCACAGACGCCGGCACCGUGCUGAAGGUGAUCUCGGUGCCCAAAGGCGGGAGGCCCAGUGCCGAGGGGCUGCUUCUGGAGGAGCUGCAUGUGUUUGAGGACUCAGCUGCUGUCACCAGCAUGCAGAUCUCCUCCAAGAGGCACCAGCUGUACGUGUCCUCGCGGAGCGCGGUGGCCCAGAUCGCGUUGCACCGCUGCUCUGCCCACGGCCGCGCCUGUGCCGAAUGCUGUCUGGCGCGUGACCCCUACUGCGCCUGGGACGGGGCCGCGUGCACGCGCUUCCAGCCCAGUGCCAAGAGGCGAUUCCGGCGACAAGAUGUUAGGAAUGGAGACCCCAGCACGCUUUGCUCGGGUGACUCGUCCCGGACCCCGCUGCUGGAGCGGAAGGUGUUCGGCGUGGAAGGCGGCAGCGCCUUUCUGGAGUGUGAGCCUCGCUCGCUGCAAGCGCGCGUGGAGUGGACCUUCCAGCGUGCAGGGGAGGCGGCCCACACGGUGCUGGAGGAGGAGCGCGCCGAGCGCACGGCGCGGGGACUGCUGCUGCGCGGGCUGCGGCGCCGGGACUCGGGCGUGUACCUGUGCGUCGCGGUGGAGCAGGGCUUUUCGCAGCCGCUGCGUCGCCUGGCGCUGCAGGUGCUGAGUGCUGGGCAGCCCGAGCGCCGGGCGCGGGCCGAGGAGGCUGCCCCCGCUGCUCCACCGGGCCCCAAACUCUGGUACCGAGACUUUCUGCAGCUGGUGGAGCCGGGUGGCGGUGGCGGCGCCAACUCCCUGCGCAUGUGCCGCCCGCAGCCGGCGCUGCAACUGCAGCCCCCAGAGUCACCGAGGAAGGGCCGCAACCGGCGGAUGCAUGCCCCUGGGCCGCGUGCUGAGCGGGGGCCGCGCAGCGCAGCGCACUGGUGACCAGGUGGUCCCCACGCCGGGGACAAGACAGAAGACGACAAGAGGGAGAGAGGGGAGACAGACCCUGGGAAGAUAGACGGCUGGGGCUGGGCACGCUGUGGUCCCUGGUUGAUGGAGUUUGAGAGGGAGAUGCCAACCGACAGGCCCUGGCCAAGGGCAGCUGCAGCGGCUUAUUUAUUAACAGGAUAACCCUUGAAUGUAGCCCUGGAGGGUGGCCCAGGCCAGUGCAGGAGCCGGCCGGGAGGGAGGGGGCAGAGAAGCCCAGGUUCAGAGCAACCACCGGCCGAGGUGUCCACAGUGUCCACCUGGAGAAGGGCCCCCUCCUUGGGCAGUGAGCAGAAAGCUGUGAACAGGCUGGACCGUUGGGGCGAGCAGGACGACUGUACUAAAGUAAUGCAAUAAACACGUUAUCAGCCU